CACUUCGUAAAGCCUCGCUCUUUCGUUCUAGGAUUCUCCUGAACAACACAUCGAGGACAUCAGUUGCCUUUCUGCUGACUUGAAAAUGCCCAGCACACAAGCUCAUUCUGCUGACACGGAUCCUCCCAAAUUCCACCGUCUCUUUAGGUUCCAUGACCCUGAAGUGGUGGCAGUUAUGGCAAUACUGCUAGGUCUGUUCCAGCUGCUCCUGACUUUAUUAACUCACACCGUCAGCCUUGACAUGAAGUAUAUGUUCGUGUGCCCCCUUUGUGUUGGUUCUGUGACUAUAAUUGCUGGAUCAUUUGGUUUGGCAUCUGAAAGAACUCCUAGGAGAGACCUGCUGAAGAACACUCUCAUCUCUGGUCUUGCUGGACUGGUGGCGACACUGAUUGGUCUUUUUCUGUACAUUUAUGCUACCAGUACCUCUCUGGACCUCCCUCCUUGUUCACCCAAUGAACCGUGUGCAGAAAAACUCUUUCAAGGCUUUUACAAAGCAGUGUCCGGACAGCUAUUGCUUUACGAUAUUGCAGCUGUGGUUGCUCUUAGUUUUCUAUCACUCUCCGCAUUUAAAGGAUUGAGAGGUCACUGAGAUGACUUUUCAUACACUAUACACUUAUCUUUGGUCAUUUUAGAGACAAUAUUUUUUAGAAGCUUCUAUGAGGAUUUGCUAUAGACCAUUUCAUUGUGGUAAUAUCAUUGGACCAUGAAUGUUUCCUGCUUGUUAUCAAACUUUAUAACUGUAAUAAGAGGCAAUUCAAUCAUAACUUAAUGCUAAAACAUCUAUCAUUAUCAAUAUGUGGCUCUUUUUGGAU